UAGCAUAUGCAGGAGUUCACAUUAUAUAAAAAUAUGAGUCUGUUAUUGGCUGAUAGCUGUCACAUGGUACAGGUGCAGAACUGCAUUUAUCAGAAAACAAUCUAUUGCUCUUUUUAAAUUAAUAGUAAAUGUUAUUGCAUUGUGUUUUUAUUAUGCAUCUGUUGUUUUGUAAUUCUAUAUGUUAUGGUCCUUUUAAAUGGACUGAACUUGUUGAAAAAACAUCUCAUCAUAUUAUCACUCUAUGUAAACACAAACACUUCCUUUUCUUUUCUAUAUCUAAGAUAGCAAUUGAAAUGAACAUUUUAGUGCCCCUCUCUCAUACCCAAUUGCAGUGUGAUUUAAGACAGCAAAGUAUUGACCAAGAGAAGUUAAAGGAUGGGGGGUGGAGCACAUGACAAAUACAAAAUGUCUGACAGUGAGAAUUAGUAGGAAGUAAAAUACCCAUACUGCAGUAUCCAAUUUAACUUAUAUUUAAACAAAUUAUAUUUAACAUUUAUUUCAGGAGAAAAUAUUGUUUCAUAUAAAUGACAGAAAAUAAAGAUUAUAAUAUAUUUGUAAAGUUGUGAUAUGGCCUCACUCAUAAAUAGAUUUUCUACCAUUCUGUUGUAUAGAUCUGGGAAGAUUCAUAUUUAAAGUGAUAGUAAACACCCAACAUGUUAUUGUUUGAUAAAAUAGAUCAUCCCUUUAUUUACUAUUCCCUAGUUUUGCAUGACCAACACUGUUCUAGAGAUAUACUUUUUACCUCUGUAAUUACCUUAUAUCUAAGCUUCUGCAGACUGCCUCCUUAUCUCAGAUCUUUUGACAGACUUGCAUUUCAGGCAAUUUGUGAUGACUCUUAAAUACCUCCACGUGCAUGAGUACAAUGUUAUUUAUAUGAAACACAUGAACUAACACCCUCUAACUGUGAAAAAAUGUUAAAUGCAUUUAGAUAAGAGGCAGCCUUUUAGGAUUAGCUUUCAACUAAGAAUACCAACAGAACAAAGCAAAUUUGAUGAUUAAAGUAAAUGAGAAAGUUGUUUAAAAUUACAUGCCCUAUCUGAAUCAUGAAAGAUUAAUUUGGACUUUAAUAUCCCUUUAAGGGGCAAUUAUAACACACACACACACACACAGUGUUAACUCUACUAAAUGCUUGUGGGGAAUCAACAUCACAUAUGUAAUAACCUAAUCAGCUGAUCUGUAUCACAUGACUUGUUACAUGUGCCUUUAAUUAUACCAUACGUACAGUUAAUCAGAACCAUUAUUUUUUUAUUAUCUGUCUAAACCAUUUAAUAUACGUUUUACAGACACGGCCAGAGCACUGAGAGAUAUCAGGUAUUGAUGUAACUGGAGUGAAUAAGAGAACCUUCUUCCUGAGCACAGACAUUGGAGUCUGUUAUCAGCAUGAACUCAUAUGUGUUAGGAAGCAUCAGAAUGAUACCACAGACUCCAACAUUUUUAGACACCAAUGACUAUUCACAAACAUUGGGGAAAUCAGAGCAGAUAUUUAAAUAAGAUGGUGAAUUGGCAGGAACUGGGCAGCAAUCAUGUACAGAGAGUAAUUUAGUCAUCAAACAAGAGGACAAGAAUUAUGCCUUAUCUAGUGAAAUGAUUAUCCCUGAGGAUAAGCCACAAACAUUUACUGAGUUUUCAAACAAAUUUAAAGAAGAGAAAAGUCUACAGUCUAGCCAAAUAAUUCAUACAAAGGAGAAACCUUUCAAAUGUACAGAAUGUGAGAAAAGCUUUAGAUGUAAGUCUUAUCUGCUAGAACACCACAAAAUUCACACAGGUGAGAAACCAAACGCAUGUACUGAUUGCGACAAAUGUUUUAUACAAAUGAAAAAACUUAUAGCUCAUAAAAGGAUCCACACAGGGGAGAAACCAUUUAGCUGUACAGAGUGUGGAAAAAGUUUUACACAAAUGAAUAAUCUGAAAACUCAUAAAAAGAAUCACACAGGAGAAAAGCUUUUCACAUAUACAGAGUAUGGAAAAAGUUUUACAGAAAAUAGUAGUCUGAGAAAACAUGAAAGGAUUCACACAGGAGAAAAGCCUUUCACAUGUGGAGAGUGUGGAAAAAGUUUUACACAAAAGAGUAAUCUGAAAAGUCAUGAAAGGAUUCACACAGGAGAAAAGCCUUUCACAUGUGGAGAGUGUGGAAAAAGUUUUACAGAAAAGAGUCAUCUGAAAAGUCAUGAAAGGAUUCACACAGGAGAAAACCCUUUCACAUGUACAGAGUGUGGAAAAAGUUUUACAGCAAAGGGUAGUCUGAAUAAACAUGAAAGGAUUCACACAGGAGAAAAGCCUUUCACAUGUGGAGAGUGUGGAAAAAGUUUUACAGAAAAGAGUCAUCUGAAAAGUCACGAAAGGAUUCACACAGGAGAAAAGCCUUUCACAUGUGGAGAGUGUGGAAAAAGUUUUACAGAAAAGAGUCAUCUGAAAAGUCACGAAAGGAUUCACACAGGAGAAAAGCCUUUCACAUGUGGAGAGUGUGGAAAAAGUUUUACAGAAAAGAGUCAUCUGAAAAGUCAUGAAAGGAUUCACACAGGAGAAAAGCCUUUCACAUGUACAGAGUGUGGAAAAAGUUUUACAGGAAAGAGUGAUCUGAAUAAACAUGAAAGGAUUCACACAGGAGAAAAGCAUUUCACAUGUACAGAGUGUGGAAAAAGUUUUACACAUACGAGUGAUCUUAAAAAGCAUGAAAGGAGACACAUAGGGGGAAAGCCUUUAACGUGUACAGAGUGUGGAAAAUGUUUUACACAAAAGAGUGAUCUGAAAAAGCAUGAAAGGAUUCACACAGGAGAAAAGCCAUUCAAAUGUACAGAGUGUGGAAAAUGUUUUACACAAAAGAGUGAUCUGAAAAAGCAUGAAAGGAUUCACACAGGAGAAAAGCCAUUCAAAUGUACAGAGUGUGGAAAAUGUUUUACACAAAAGAGUGAUCUGAAAAAGCAUGAAAGGAUUCACACAGGAGAAAAGCCUUUCACAUGUACAGAGUGUGGAAAAUGUUUUAUACAAAUGGAUUAUCUGAAAACUCAUGAAAUGAGUCACACAGGAGAAAAGCCUUUCACAUGUACAGAGUGUGGAAAAAGUUUUACACAAAAGAGUGAUCUGAAUAAACAUGAAAGGGUUCACACAGGAGAAAAGCCAUUCACAUGUACAGAGUGUGGAAAAAGUUUUAUACGAAUGGAUUAUCUGAAAAGUCAUGAAAGGAGUCACACAGGAGAAAAGCCUUUCACAUGUACAGAGUGUGGGAAAAGUUUUACAGGAAAGAGUGAUCUGAAUAAACAUGAAAGGAUUCAUACAGGAGAAAAGCCUUUCACAUGUACAGAGUGUGGAAAAAGUUUUACAGGAAAGAGUGACCUGAAUAAACAUGAAACGAUUCACACAGGAGAAAAGCCUUUCACAUGUACAGAGUGUGGAAAAAGUUUUACAGGAAAGAGUGAUCUGAAUAAACAUGAAAGGAUUCACACAGGAGAAAAGCCUUUCACAUGUACAGAGUGUGGAAAAAGUUUUACAGGAAAGAGUGAUCUGAAUAAACAUGAAAGGAUUCACACAGGAGAAAAGCCUUUCACAUGUACAGAGUGUGGAAAAAGUUUUACAGGAAAGAGUGAUCUGAAUAAACAUGAAAGGAUUCACACAGGAGAAAAGCCUUUCACAUGUACAGAGUGUGGAAAAAGUUUUACAGGAAAGAGUGAUCUGAAUAAACAUGAAAGGAUUCACAAGGGAGAAAAACUUUUCACAUGUACAGAGUGUGGAAAAAGUUUUACACGAAUGGAUAGUCUGAAAACUUAUAAAAAGAAUCACACAGGGGAAAAGCCUUUCACUUGUACAGAGUGUGGAACAAGUUUUACAGGAAAGAGUAAUCUGAAAACUCAUGAAAGGAUUCACACAGGAGAAAAGCCUUUCACAUGUACAGAGUGUGAAAAAAGUUUUACACGAAUAGCUCAUCUGAAAACUCAUGAAAGGAUUCACACAGGAGAAAAGACUUUCACAUGUACAGAGUGUGGAAAAAGUUUUACAGAUAAGAGUAAUCUGAAAACUCAUGAAAGGAUUCACACAGGAGAAAAGCCUUUCACAUGUACAGAGUGUGGAAAAAGUUUUACACAAAUAGAUCAUCUGAAAACUCAUGAAAGGAUUCACACAGGAGAGAAGACUUUCACAUGUACAGAGUGUGGAAAAAGUUUUACACAAAUAAGUAGUCUGAAAAUUCAUGAAAGGAGUCACACAGGGGAAAAGCCAUUCACAUGUACAGAGUGUGGAAAAAGUUUUGCACGAAUGGAUAGUCUGAAAACUCAUGAAAGGAGUCACACAGGAGAAAAGCCUUUCACAUGUACAGAGUGUGGAAAAAGUUUUACACAAAUAAGUAGUCUGAAAAUUCAUGAAAGGAGUCACACAGGGGAAAAGCCUUUCACAUGUACAGAGUGUGGAAAAAGUUUUGCACGAAUGGAUAGUCUGAAAACUCAUGAAAGGAGUCACACAGGAGAAAAGCCUUUCACAUGUACAGAGUGUGGAAAAAGUUUUACAGAAAAUAGUAGUCUGAGAAAACAUGAAAGGAGUCACACAGGGGAAAAGCCUUUCACAUGUACAGAGUGUGGAAAAAGUUUUACACAAAUGAAUCAUCUGAAAAAGCAUGAAAGGAUUCACAAGGGAAGAAACCUUUCACAUGUUUAGAAAGUGGAAAAAGUUUUUUUUAUUGAAAUCCGGUAUCACAAAACACCAAAUAUUUACACACAAACUUUACAAACUCUAUAAAUAGAAGCAUCAAAAAUGAUGUUAUUGUAAAUAAUACUUUCUAAAUCCCAGUUAUAAAAGCCCCAGAUUGGAAGUGCUCUCCUGCUGCCCUUUGUUCCUCUAUAUAUGUGCACCUCAGUUUCUCUCAUUUCAAUGCAAUAGAAUCCAAACACCACACAGGAAUAUACAGAUCUGUCCUCAUACUGACCAGUUUACACAGCCAAUUAACACCAAAGCACCCCCAGUGUUGUUUAUUAAUAUGCCAGUGUUAGGAGUUGUACUUUUAGUUCACAUAGGGGAGAAAAUAAUUACAUUGACAGAAUAAAGGAGUCUUUAUAUGAAUAGAGCUUUAGAAACUUAAAUAAACAAGAUCAGUCUCAAAUAAUUGACACCUGGGAGAUAUAUUUAAUGUUCACAUCAUGUGGAUAAACCUUUUCUUAUAGCAAUAGAUGCUUAGCAUUGUGCAUGUCAUAUACCAGAGGAAUUACUGAGGGGAAACUGAUUUUAUUUCAUGAGACACAAUAUCAGUAACAUACGUGAUCAUAAUCAGUUUAAUUUAAAUAGCUACUAUAACUAAAGGGGAACAUUAUAUAUCUGAUAAAUCGCUUUGUAUCAAGAGCACAAGUGUUAGGUAUAUUUAUACCAUUGUGUGCAGAUAUCAUGUAAUUCUCCUUUUGACUAUAUAAUGAUGUAAUGGUUUUUCAUGCAAAUAAAAAGUGAUUGUAAUCCA